AUGUCGAGCUCUCUCUCCUCCGACAAUGGCCCACCGAAAAUAACCCCAGAGGCCCUGCAAGAGCUACUUUACCGUUAUAAUUUAACGCGUCGGGAGUUUAUUGAAAUCUACAAAAUCCAACCGCUCGUUUAUACGCCUGAGCUUCCACCUGGAGCCAAGACAGCGUUCGUGAUUAUGUACGCGGUUAUUUUCUUGCUGGCACUACUUGGAAAUAGUUUGGUUGUUUACAUCGUGGUGAGAAAGCGGGGAAUCCAAACUGCCACGAACAUCUUCAUUUGUUCUCUAGCAGUGAGCGACCUCCUGAUUUCGUUCUUCUGCAUCCCGUUCACUUUACUGCAGAACAUCUCAUCCGAGUGGCUAGGAGGUGUUCUGGUGUGCAAGACCAUUCCCUUUGUCCAGACGACAGCAGUGGUGACAGGUAUACUCACCAUGGCGUGCAUCGCUCUGGAGAGGUACCAAGGCAUCGUCCAUCCACUCAGCAUGAAGAGACAGUACACACCACAGAGAGCCUACAGGAUGCUGGGAGUUGUUUGGCUUGCAUCCAUGAUUGUUGGAUCUCCCAUGUUGUUGGUGCAACAGUUAGAGGUGAAGUAUGACUUCCUAUACGACCUACACCACGUGUGCUGCCAGGAGCGUUGGCGCUCGGCCUCACACAGACAGCUGUAUGCCACCUUCAUCCUGGUAGUUCUGUUCCUCCUGCCCCUGGCGGCCAUGUUGAUCCUCUACACGCGGAUAGGGAUCGAACUGUGGAUCCGCAAGAGGGUGGGCGACUCCUCUGUACUUAACACCAUGAACCAGGGAGAGGUGGGAAAGAUCUCCAGAAGGAAGAGGAGAGCCAUCAAGAUGAUGAUUACCAUUGUGGUGCUAUUCACUGUGUGCUGGGCCCCAUUCCACACCGUCCACAUGCUCUCUGACUACAAUUACCUGGACGAGCAGUUCAACGACAUCACGGUGAACAUGAUCAUGGCCAUCGCCCAGGCCAUCGGUUUUUCCAACUCCUUCAACAACCCUAUCGUCUACGCCUUCAUGAAUGAGAACUUCCAGAAGAAAUGUGUGUCCACCUUCUCCCAGUGCUGCCGACGGCCAAACCAGAGGGUUGGAGCUCUAGACGUCACCAGUAGAUCCAAACUACAUGUCCGUUUUACCCGACCGAGGGACAGACAAGAGGCGGCCAUCUUGGAAGACAUGUCCAUCGUACAGGCCACCAGGACACAUAUUGGUGGGAUUGAGAAUGGUGCCUUAAAGCUAAAUACAGCUCCAUCCUAUGCAGAGGAGGAGAUCUUGUUUGUGACCUGUGAGCCACAGACAUGAGUGAAAGUCAGAUGUAGAUAUGCCUAUAUUAGAUUUGGGACUUCUGUUCCCUAAUGUGGUCCUGCUUGGCUCAGUUGG